AUGGACUUUUACUUUACAUUAAACAAUGGUUAUAAAAUUCCUAAACUUGGACUUGGAACAUGGAUGUCAGCGAAUGGAGAAGUUGGAAAAGCAGUAGAGAUUGCGAUAAAGAAUGGAUAUCGACAUAUUGAUUGUGCAAAAGCAUAUGGAAAUGAGAAAGAGGUUGGAGAUGGGAUUAAGAGUGCUAUAGCAAAGGGGUAUGUUAAAAGAGAGGAAUUAUUUGUUACAACCAAAUUAUGGAGUACUGAUAAACAUAAAGAAGAUGUUCGACCAGCAUGUCUUGAAUCAUUAAAGAAAUUACAAUUAGAAUAUCUUGAUCUUUAUAUUAUUCAUAUUCCAUUAACAGCAGAUAAGAAAACAGGAGAAUUUACUGAAGAAAUAAUUCCAAUUGAAGAAACAUGGAGAGAAAUGGAGAAAUUAGUUGAAGAAGGAUUAGUUAAAAGUAUUGGAGUAUCUAAUUUCAAUAUUAAAAAGUUAGAAGAGUUAUUAGCUAUUGCUAAAAUCCAACCAGCAGUUAAUCAAUUUGAAUUUCAUAUUUAUUAUCAACGACCAAAAUUACACCA